AUGCGCCUCAGCACCCUUCUGCUCGCGGCCACUGGGCCCGUGGGCCUACUAGCCAAGGAGCCCAUCCUAUCAGCCCCAGAACUAGUCCCCAACGAUCUCGCAGCCCUGCUCGAGAAGCACAACCUCGCCCUAGUACCCAAAUCCGAACUCACCGACGUGCUCUCGGAACUCACCUCCCUCCUCAAAGCCCAACAACUCCAAACCCGCCAACUCUUCGGCGCGCCCAAGUACGCGCGGCAAAACAACAGUUCCCACCCCACUGCCACAAUAACAUCCCCCGGGGCUGGUGAAUCCGGACAUGACGAUGGGGGAGCGGGCAACCGCGCGGCGCCUGUUAUCCCUAACCUUCUCGGCUCCAAUGGGUUGCUGGAUGGGUUGGAUGGGAUCGGUGACUUGAUCAAGGCGCUGACUGAUCUGUUGACGGCUGAGUUCCUCAAGGGUUUCCACGACUCUAUGGUUUACCUUGGUCAGUCGCUGCAGCCGCCCGCGCCGGCGCUAAUUCAGAACCUGCUUAAGAAGGGCAGCCCGCUACUGGAUAUGCUCAGCAAGCUUGACCUCAAGGGCCUGUUGGAUCAACUGGAGCCGUUGCUGAAGGAGCUGGGUGAUCUGGACUUGGCGGGUGUGUUGAAGGCCGUGAAGCCGUUGUUGACGGAAGAGCAGAUCAAGGGGAUUGUGACGUUGUUGGGCAACGCGGAGACGUUGUUGUCUGGGGAGAACGUGAAGAACCUGAAUGGGUUGUUGAAGAGCGCGGGUCCGUUGUUGCAAAAGGUUGGCCCGCUGCUGGAUAAGCUGGGUGAUUUGGAUCUUGAGGGGAUUAUCAAGGCGUUGGAUCCGCUGCUGAAGCCGGAGUCGAUCCAGGGCUUGGUGGGGCUGUUGAACAACGCUGAGACGUUGUUGUCGGGCGAGAACGUCAAGAGCAUCAACGCUCUGCUCAAGUCGGCUGGCCCGCUGCUUCAGAAGGUUGGCCCGCUUCUUGACAAGCUGGGUGAUAUCGACUUGGCGGGUCUGCUGGAUUCGCUCUCGCCGCUGCUUAAGCCCGAGUCCAUCAAGGGCCUUGUCACUCUCUUGACCAACGCUGAGACCCUCUUGUCGGCCGAUAAUGUGAAGAAGCUCAACGGCUUGCUCAAGUCGGCUGGACCGUUGCUCGACAAACUCGGCGAAAUCGACAUCGCCGGCUUGCUCGACUCUCUUGCGCCGCUCCUCAAGCCCGAGUCCAUUAAGGGUCUCGUAACCCUGCUGGGCAAUGCCGAGAACCUCCUCACAGGCGACAACGUCAAGAACAUCAACAACCUGCUCAAAUCCGCCGGUCCCCUACUCGAAAAGGCCGGUCCCCUCCUAGACGAAGUCGGCAAGCUCGACCUCGCCGGCAUCCUCAAGGCUCUCGACCCGCUCCUCAAACCCGAAUCUAUGAAGGGCAUCAUCGGCCUCCUGAACAACGCGGAAGACCUCCUCAGCACGGACUUUGUCCACAGCACCAAGGGCCUCAUCGGCGAUGCCGCACCGCUCUUGGCCGCACUCUCCGACGUCAAUAUCGCAGGCCUCAUCAAGCAGCUCAAGCCCCUGCUCGAUGCCUUGGGCGAAAUCGACCUCGGCGCGCUUGUCAAGCAAAUCUCACCUUUGCUCAAGCAGUUAUCGCCGUUGCUUACGGAAGUCAGCAAGCUCGACUUGGCGAAGCUGGUCAAGCAGAUUACCCCGUUGCUCUCCGAGCUUGAGACCAUCGACCUCAAGUCUAUUCUUGACGCGGUAUCCCCCCUGUUGACGGCCAAGUCCAUGCACGGUCUAGUCACGCUGCUUGACAACGGCGAGGCGUUAUUGACGCGCAACUUUGUCAACCAGACGCAAACCCUCAUCGGCGAUGCGGUGCCGCUUCUGGACGCACUCAAGGAUGUGGAUAUUGACGGGUUGUUGAAGACGGUGGAGCCGUUGUUGAAGGAGCUGAACGGCAUGGAUUUGGGCGGGUUGUUGAAGUCGGUCAAGCCGUUGUUGGCGGCGCUGAAGGAGGUGGAUAUGGAGGGGAUUGUGAAGCAGUUGAAGCCCGUGCUGACGCCGGAGAGUGUCAAGGGGAUUGUGGGGUUGUUGACGAAUGCGGUGUUGUUGUUGAAUCAGUCGUUUGUGACGCAGACUUCGGAGUUGAUUGAUGAUGCUACGCCGCUUGUGGCUACGGUUGCGGAUCUUGUGCAUGCUGUGCUCAAGGAGUUUGUGGGCAAGUAA